AAUUGGACCGCGUGCGUCCUACUGGUAUCAUUCGCAAGUGACCAGGACACGAACGGUUGGUCGUGUUCUAUUCAAUAUGUUAGCAAAUUGAUGCGGAGAAAUAGAAUGAGAGCUGUGACCGACAAGUGGCCUUGAACAACAGCCGUUGCUCGAUCGAGAGCCAUAUCCAGCCAUUACCGCUAGUUGACGGAGAAUUCUGAAUUUCCACUAAUCAUGUGGAACCAAGUGGCUCCGGACCGGCCUGGCUCAUACGGACGAGGAGGGCGAUGGCGAAUGCGAUCAACAGCGUAAAGACCGCCGGAUCUGCGACUAGACCAACUGCCUGCGCAUGCAAACACACACGACAAAACGAUUCCGCGAACGUUAAGAACGCCAAAUGAGGGAAUGGCGGAUAUUUGAAUGUGCAGAAACUGGAGAGCUGUGUCGGAACACAGCUCGUUCCUUGCGGCGUUUUCUGCUGUGCUGAAAGCUGAUAUCGAGUUGACUCAGCCAACGACUCCGGCGAGAGAUGGAAACUCGCUCACCAUCAAUCCUGACUCUUCAAGAGCCCCUUCGUCGAUCAAUCAUCGUUGCAAACCAGGGCGGGUGGACCGUUGAUUGAUCGUCGUUUGGGAGUGCAAAGCCUCUGCUUAGGGCUCGCCCCGUCCAUCCCCGGCGACCAGGGAAGGUCAUUGGAGCAGCUCGAGAUCGUCUCGAGAUUUGAGUGGAAGCAUAUCCCAUCGCGGAUGUCGGCACCCGUGAUUCUGUCGAGCCUUGGGACCUUCGAAUUCAUUCUACCACCAGCUUUCCCAGUCUUCAUCCGUCCUGUGGAGCACCCAGAACCCAAACUCAUCCACGCUAGCGACGGUACCAGUGAACGACGCGGCUUCGAUAGCAAAGGACUGGCGGAUCCAAUGCAGAUUUGCGAUCCCAUCUGCAAAUCACGCAACCACCGUCUCAACAGAAGGCGUCAUGCAGCAAGGGAAGCGGUACACUCGGUUCUUCGUCAUCGUUUAGAGGCGAGCAGUCUCGACCACCUGAUCGAAAUCAGCACUCGGUGCGGGCCCCGGCUCGAUGCUAUGCCCUCGUCGAACUCCUUCAGCCAAAUGCUGCUGAUUCUGCUAUUGCUCUGGGUUCUUUCAAAGCCAACUGGGCCAAGUGGGAAAACCAAAAGUUCUCGUUUCGUCAAACAACGGCUAGCGGCAGACCCGGAUGUUGAUCGGGAGGGAUGGUGGCUGCGAGACCGAAGCAACAGAAAUCAGAGAGGGGCAGCUGAGGGCAAAGGUGUCUACGGAAGGUCUUUUGCCGUGCUACAUGUCCCCUUCCGAGGCAGCGACAUCUGUGGACCGGGUGUUGUGCCUUGAUAAGUCAAUAACCAGACUGCCGUGGUUAUUCUUCACUGUUCAGUGCCACACGUGAUGGAAUAAGCGGAGAAUUGCCCAUUCGAACACCCCACGAGCUUGCGAGGAUGAGGGUCGAGCCCUAUUCGCGAAGAGAGGAUCAUGGUAGGGCAACACAAACCACAAUAAGGCAUGCAUAUGUACUCAUUCCAGUUACAACACAAACACCCACCGCCUUCCUCCUUCUCCGUUUCUAUCUACCUCUCUCGAUCUGACCCCCAAAGAUAACAAACGGCCGCGUUCUUUUGUAUCAUCACUCACAAGACCGUGUCUGCUUAUGAUGUCAUAAGCGUCCCGUAACGGGGGCAAGCACUGGCCUUCCCCCAAACUGCCGGUGGGGGUCCACCAGAGGCAUCGCGGAGACAACCGUCGCAUAUCAAUAAUCGAUCAUCGUCGAACCCCUCAAGUCAUGAACUUGGUUCGCACACGGUAGCAUCGUUCCCCGUCCGGAAACCGGCAGCACGCCGGGUGUACCACCCCGAUCCACCAGUUGACCGCUCCGACUGGGCAAUGUGGGUCGGAAACGUGCCGAAGCACGCCGAUGAAACCGAUCUCCAGACGUUUUUCACGCAAUCUGAAGACCACGGCGUCGUCUCGAUAUUUUUACUGUCCAAGUCCAGCUGUGCAUUCGUGAACUUUGCGAGCGAGGCGCACUUGAUCGCAGCGAUCCAGCAAUAUGACGGCAGGCAUCUCCGCCCUGAAUGGUCGAUGGGGCCCGCACUGGUCUGUCGGGUUCGCACUCUCAAUGACGAUCUUUGGACUGGAGUCGGUGGGCAGCGAGGAAUGGGACUCCAUCGGCAGUGGAUCAAGGAUCAUGCAGGGCCUCCAAAUCCAGCACUGGAUGUCUCGGACAGCCAUUCGCCGAGCUCAGCUUCAGACGGGUCAACAACUUCGAGCUUCUUCGAGACACACUUUCCGCGGCGCUUUUUCGUGCUCAAGUGUCAGACGAGGGAAGAACUAGAUCGCUGUGCUAUGGACGGCGUUUGGUACAUCCAGAAGCACAAUCAGGUCGUGCUUGACCAAUCGUUCCGUACUUCCCAAGAGACGAUCCUGUUCUUCAGCAUGAACAAAAGCGGCCAGUUCUACGGUUAUGCCAAAAUGAUCAGCCCGGUGACUUCCAUUGGAUCUGAUCCCCUGCCACAUGGCAUGGAUGCGGGCGAUGCAUCGCCGAACCUGGUUGUGCGAGUCGCAUCGCCAUAUUCGUUCCAGUCAGGUGCCACCCAGUCGGCACCCAGUGUUCUGAGUUGCCGGGUCUCUGACUCUGGAGAAUUCGAUCACGCCGGAGCCCGCCAGCAUCGAUCCCUUAGCUUCAGCCGACUACCUUGGCUGACGUCGCAGCACUCUGGGCCUGAUCCCCAGCUCGAGCCAGAACUGGUGGACAACGUUUCGGGGCCCAGUGAAGGGCAGCCGCGGCUGGCGUCUGGUUUUAGCGGCCAAUUCAGCGUCGAAUGGCUAUGCCGCGAGCCUUUGCCCUUCAAACGGACGCGCGGCAUCGUCAACGGGUGGAACCGGGGUCGUGAAGUCAAAAUCUCGAGGGACGGAACCGAACUCGAGCCGAGUGCUGGAUCGGCGUUGAUAGCGGCCUGGCAAUCGUGGCUGACCGAGCCUAAUCGCCACCGCCAGCUGUAAAUGUCUCUGAUUUUUUGUUAUCUGCCUCUUGCGUAGAUCAGAUGGAUGAAUCUUGCAAGGAGCUCGGGCUUAACUUACAUUUCUCCCAAUCUCUGGAUGGUUGCGAUACCCGUGUUCUAUCCUUUGUACUACUUGCGUCUUUCAGUAGUUACAAUCUCUGUAUUCUCCUCUACAUAUCAGGUCUCUUGAUUCAUUAUACCCAAGUACCGUGAGAACUGGACUGUCUUGCCCUGCCUUCCUCUACGAACACCUGAGCUCCAUCCACUGUUCGCCACCAUCGAUGGUUCAGCCUGUUUGCGUGCGGACUGCUCCAAUGAGAUUGCGAGAAUCGUGAAGUACAUACAUAGUAGCUGGGCAUUGUACGGUCAUAGCGGAUGACUUAGUGUACAUAUCGGUGAGAUGGUUACAGAAGGCUUAUGACGUUUAUCCAUAGCGAAAGAGAGAGAAAGAGAGAUAAGAGAUCGGAAUCAAUGGCUCAGCUCGACAUAUAUUGGAGCCCAUGUUCAGGAGCACAUUUUUUGUGGACAGAUCAAGACCUGGCUCGUGGCGCUUGGAUGAGCGUUGCGCGCUGGGCUUUCCAGAUGUCCAGCACAGCCUGGCCCGCUUCAGGCUCGAUCUCCAUCCCAUCGCGCGAGAUCUUCACCUCCCGGUCCUGGUUCCACGGAUUGUGGAUAUGUUUUGUGCGCGAGAAGCGCAUCCGGUCGACACACAUCCAGUGCAGAGGAAAGUCGAACUCGGGCUCUGCUUCGAUCUCGUCGAGCAGGGCAGGGGGGAGGAAGGUUUCUGGGGGAGGGAGAUCUUGGGAGGAAGGCGAUUGUGCACCGAGUGCGGUGUGCGGAAAAGACUCGUGUCGUUGGCCAGGUACUCCACGAGGAGUUAUGGGUCCCGUCAUCCUUGGAUUCGUCUCAGUAAUCGCCAGCGACCUCAUGUUCCGACAUACCGCGCGUACCCGUAGAACUCUCCGCUCUUGUUGACACUGAAAAAGAGGAACACGUCUUCAGAUGUGCGAAACGCACGAUCGAGAACCUCUGCGUUAUGUCGCUGGGCAUUCCAGAGACCGGUAUCGACGCUCGAGUCGAGAUCAUCCUAUAAGAAGGUGAGGGGAGAAGACAACCGCAGCAACACUGAUGCGGACCUGUUUGUACGACUUUAGCAUGAAGAACCGCUGUGGGAAGUUCUCUUGAAGCAGACUUGACGUGGUCGACGCAUUGGAGAUGGUGUCCGAGUUGUCCUCGGUCGCGCUGGCCUGAUUCCUCGCCCUCCUCUCCUUCACCCAAGUGGAAUGCAGACCCACUCCCCGCUGCCCGCCGACUCCUGUGAAGAGGUCGUGCUCUUCCAUGCGUGCACGGCAGAUGAGCGGCUUUGUCGCAUUACGCUUUCCCACGACCGCGGUUUGUUGGGGAAACGUCCGGAGUGACACCCCGUUGAAGCUAGCAAUUGCGAUCGUGAGUGCGCUUUCGGAGUUGUAGUUGACGAAUGCGCAGUUGGAGCGAGGGAGCACGAAAAUGGACUGGACGCCAUGAGCGAGGGCCCCGGCACCGUCCCCCAGCGGCUGGGUAAAGAAUCGAUGAAGCUCGUCUUGGUCUGCGUCCUUUGGGACGUUGCCCACCCACAUCGCCCACUGGGACCGCUGUGUUGGAGCUGCUGGGUGAUAUGAUCGUCGGACAGGUUGCGAGGAGAUCGGAGCGCGCGGAGGAAACGGUCGUUGCAUAGCGGUACCGGCGUGUGUUAGUGGCGGAAGGGGCAGGUGUUCAUUCGAGAAGCCAGAACGGUCGGUACUUUCAUGAACACCCGGGUCAAUCUCUCGAGGGACGAAUUAGAUUUCUCAUAUCAAGUCAAUGACAUAACGCACAGAGAAGGGUUCUCGAGCCCCGCACUUCAGAUCCAAUGGAUCCAAGACUCUGGGAGCAGGAGUCGAAGUCGAAGUUGAGCGCUUA